AUGUCUCAAACGAAUAUCCCCAUACGUACACUUGCCAGCCCUUUGGAAUAUCAAAAAAUUAAGCUUCAGGGGUCUGAUCAGCUCCACCAACUCCUUGGUGCACUUUUAAUUCGCAAGGAACUGGCUGCGCAAAUACAAGAGCUCAACUUCGAAGCGACUGGUUCAGCAAAUACAGGGGAGUCUGCUCUCUACGACAACGUGGACGACUUUGAAGAUCGAGUGGAUGACGCCAUUAAUACAGCUGCCCAGGGCGUUCCUGAAUGGUUCACUGAAUACUGGCGGCACAAUAUCUUUCUUGAGCCGGACGAGGAAGAUGAUGCAUCUGAUCUUUCCUCCGCUCCCCCAGUCAAGGAUGACGCAGUCCUUGCCUUGGUUCUUUGUUUAGCCACGAAUCUAGAACAGCUCGACCUCACGAUUACAAGAGAUGGAGCCUUUCCGAUAACUCGAGAUGUACUGGGCUUGGACUGGCGGCUAGCAUCUGGCCAUUCUAACGCACAUCGUCCUUUUCAUAAGCUGAAAGACUUGCGCCUGAGCUGCAGAAAGUGCCGAUAUGGCGACGAAUUUAACUCGUACUCAUGGGUACCCAUCACUGAUAGUCUUCAGAAUGUCUCUCUCAACAACCUCUCCCGCCGUCAGUCGUCGCCAUCUCCUUGGCCAUGUCUGUCAGCAAGCCUUCAUCAUGGCCUGGGUACAAGGCUUCACACGCUUGAGAUUCGAGAUGUCUAUACCCGUCUGCCAGAGAUAAAGGCCUUGUUCAGCAGACCAUGUUUCUGGGCCUUGAAGCGUCUUAAACUCAGCACACUACUGACGCGCGAUAGUAUUGAUGACGAGGAUAUCGUCGACGGCUUUGAACUGAGCUUCGAUAUUGUCAUACAAUUUCCUCAUCUUGAAUAUCUCGAAAUUACAAAUGCGCCUAUUGGGUGCGGAACUUUCGGGAGCUUUGCAGAACACGAAAGCCUUGUAGAAAUGGUUGUUGAUUAUCACCUACUAGAGCAUGAUUCGGGCAAUACAGGUAGAUUGCAUUACCCGCAUGAGAUCCUUCCACCGAAUCUCCGAUCCCUGGAGUUGACAAACAUCAAAUCCUGGGGUUAUGAUGGUCAACUUAAAAAGUUGAUCAAUCGUUACCGAAACUACGCCAGGAAAGGCACGGAUUUUGUAACAUUCAUAGACGCUCUGUUUGGGGCAAACCAGAUUAGGAAAUUCGACCUUCAUCUUGACAUGGAGCAACGCCAUAUCGCCCGCCCAAGGACCCCUGGCAUGCAAGCUCCCGAGGUUCGUGUCGACGAUGCACUAUUGGAGCUCAGCAAUGAUCAGUAUGACAUCUUUCGACAAAUGAUCGAAACUGGUACUAGGGAAGGUGUGGAGAUCGGGAUUUGGCGACAUGGGGCAAAGUAUCCGAAAAGGCUCCUUUUGGCACCAGACCACGUGUUGCCGUGGCCGCAUUGCAGCGACGUUGACCGAGAGCAUUGGCAUCGAGAAAACGAAGAGUGGUGGAAGUUCAAGAACAAUCAGAUCGACGUCACAGACUUGGAAGAAGAUCAUCACGAAAAUUGGGAUGCCAUCGAGUCAGGCUACAAAUUUGUGGAGGUGGUACACAGUUUUUACAACACUGAAUGGAAGGUAGAUCUCACGCAGCUGCCUAUAAUAGACGAAGCAUACGAUGGCGAAGAUGAAGGCGACAUGAUGUUGUUUUAG